GCCUGCUCUAGUUGGACCCGAGCCUGCCUUGUCAAGUUUCUUUUCAUUGACAGUCGUGACAGCUUCAGGGUCUUGUCACUCGACCUGUACUCAUCCGUCCAGUGGAAGUUUGACUGGCAUUCUAUCACUUUGUUGCACGUUCAAGAAUGACCGACUAUGCGCCACGAAGCAGCCAGGAUUACAAUACCUUCUUUCAGAAUCAGCAACUCGCCAUGUCGCAUUAUUCCAAUGGCAACGGCCUCAACUACCUCUACGGCAAUGGUCAAGUUCAGUAUCAGACUGUCAACGCUCCAUGCCCAGCAUACUCAAGCACCUUUGCCCCUACCCAGAAUACCCAUCCAAGUCCCAUGUAUAUGUCUACAGUCCCUGGAAUUCCAUUGCAUUAUCCGAUCCCAAGCAACAGAGUACCUACCCUACCUUCUCAGUCGCGUUCGCUUCCACCAUCCUCCUACUACGCCACAUCCUCGUCCAAUCAUCGUGCGUCAGUCCAUCAUCCACGACUUAUACCGCCCCGAGACUACAGUCACAUGGAUGGCACUGAAUGUCAAGACUCUCCAAAUGAGGACACCAUGCUUUCGGAACCAGUCCUCCCUCCCCUCGAGGGCUAUCCAGACGUACACGAAUUUGACGAAUUGAUGAAACGCUACGUCCAUGACCUAUCGCCGAAGAAACAGGACAAGGCUUUGAUCAAUGCCCGCAGAGCUGCCAAUAUCCGCCACGUCCUCAUCGAUAAGAAGACGACCUCAAUUGAGUCUGCGCAGUUUCGGUUCUGGGUCAAGAAGAUGUUUACACUGCAGCCCGCUGACGGAAAACCUCCUGAACACCGAAAAAUUUGUCACGAGGGUAAGCCAGUCGCAGUCCGAGAGAAGCUAUUCAAAAUCCUCACCAAAGCACACAAACAAUGCCAACAUGGGGGUCGGGACAAAACAUCAGCCCAAGUUAGGCGAAUUUAUUCAUGGGUCCCGAAAGAGCUCAUCUCGAGGUUUGUCAAGCUGUGUCCGACAUGUCAGGUUAGAAGAGGGACUGCUCGCAAUUCCCCACCAGAGUCGGUGAAGAGUGCAGACACGCGGAUGAAUACGCAAUCACCCGACAAUAUCGGGGUUGCGAGCUCUAGAAAGAAUUCCAUGUCGAGCAGGCAAUCACUGGCCAGUGUGACUUUGCCUCUACAGUCAGCAGGCUUCAAUAGCAGUGCAACAUUUCAACAACAGAAUCGCUGGAUGACACCCUUACCACCACAGCAAACCCAAAUGGAUAUCAAGAUGCCAUUGCCUACAUCAAGCAGCAACAGUGUCAAGAUCCGGGAUUCUUACAAUACCAUGCCACCUAUACCAAUGAAUCAUGGACACACCACGCCAUCAGGAUUGAGCUUUUCAUCUGUGAAUAGUUAUACCAGCGUGUCAACACCUUCAACUGCAUAUACUUCGGAUUCUUUGUCUCAGCCGACCCAUGGUCAUGUAUCAACAGAGCACAACUACGAUCUUAAAGCCGGUCACCACUAUCUUUAGGCAUGCAGAUCCCUAUGGGAUGGGAUUCGAGGUUCAUUCUCGAAAAGCCAAUGUACCUUCAAUCUCGUCAGGGCCUUCGGCACCAGGAUGCACGCAUAAUAUACAACAGAGAUGGAAUUUUCGAUUCGAGUGACGUGGC